AUGGGCGAGACUCGCUUCGGCUCCAAUCGCAGGGAGACGUUGCGGGAGCAGUUCUCACGGCUGAAGGAGAUCUUGCGGAAGUUCCAAGGGGAGCACCUCUUCCACAACUUCUCGGAGCGCGCCCUGAAGCCCAAGGACACUUUGGCCCGGCGCUUCGUGUACCGCUGCCGGGCCCAGCCGCAGGGGGACCAGGCCGCGGCAGACAAAGUUGCCCUCAGCGUGGCAGCGGAUGCCCUCGCGCCUGGGCAACUACGCGCCAUGGGCGGUCUGGCAGUGGCUUUGCAGUGGGCCUUGCUGCCGGCCGCAUACCUGGAUGCCGCCUUCAGCGAGGAGCGGCUGCUGCCGCUGCCCUCGCUGCCCAAAGAUGCGGAGUUUCAGGAGGCCUGCGUCUUCGGAAAGGAUGUUCAUCACCUCCUUCGCUGCUUCUUCGAAAGCGAAGAAGCACAAAGCUUCAAGAGGAAGGUGGAGGAGAAGAUCUCAGGAGAAGUGCUGGACGAGGUCUUUGAGAAGUGGUUCCAAGAGCUGGUUCCGCUGGCGCAGCGCUGGCGAGAAAGCGCCGCCUUCGAAGGCAAAGUGCCGGCGACGCCUUCGGAGCUAACGGAGGCAGAGUACCGGGAGGUGUUGACUCUGCUCCGUGCCGCCGAGCGGAGCGGGCGCUGGCCGGCCUGCUCCAAGAACCGGGAGAAGGUCAUCAAGUCUUCGGAGCAAGGAAGCGGGUCCUUCACUGUGGGCUGCAUGCCGCCGCCAAUGGAGGCGCCGGCGGGGAAUCAGCUCUUCCCUCGCCUGGCGCUGAGCUGCUUCCGCCUGGAGCGACAGCUGGCGCCAACGCGCCGCAGCAGCUCCAUCGCUAUCAACAAGCGUGCCCAGUUCCUUCCACAUGUGGACUCGGGUGCUGGAGCAGGGCAGGGCAUUUCCCUGAUCGUCGGGCUGGGGGACUACUCGGGUGGCGAGCUGUGCCUAGAGGGCGUCUCGGACUCGCCGGAGGUGCACAACAUCAGGUAUCAGCCCCUGGAGUUCAACGGCUGGACACAGCGUCACUGGACUCAGCCCUUCGAGGGUGAGCGCUUCAGCCUGGUGUGGUUUACCCCGGCAGGCUGCGAGGACUCAGCAGGCUUGGAGAUGCUGCAGGACUCGGCAAGCGAGGAGCCUUCGCUGCCACGCUCGCUGCAUCUCGCCAAUGGCCUGGAGCUACCGCGCGUGGGCUUUGGGACAUGGCAGCUCACGGACCAGGAUGGCGCCAUGUCCUGCGAAGCGGCGGUGCACGAAGCCUUGCACGCAGGCUAUCGGCUUUUUGACACCGCCUCCAUCUACAAGAACGAGGCGGCGCUCGGACGGGCGCUGCAGCGGGCCGAGAAGGGCGGCGAAGACGUCUUCGUGACCUCGAAGUGCUCGCCCUAUGAGAUGGGCUUUGACCAGGCCAUGGACGCCUGCCGGCAAUCCCUGCAGCGUUUGGGUCGCAAGGCCUUGGACUUGUAUCUCAUCCAUUGGCCAGCGCUGCCCAAGAAACCCCACGGCUCGCCGCUGCACCGCGCUGCGCGGCAUCAGACCUGGCGGGCCUUGGAGGAGCUCUACAGGCAAGGCUUGGUGCGCGGCAUCGGCGUGAGCAACUUCACGGCGCAGCACUUGCAGCAGUUGUUGGAGGACGACGGGGUGGAGGUGAAGCCCAUGGUGAAUCAGAUCGAGGUGCAUCCACUCUACCAGCCCUCCGAGACAAUCCAAUUCUGCCGGGACCAGGGCAUUGUGGUGGAGGCAUAUUCCCCGCUGGGCGGCGGCAGUGCGAGUAACCAGGAGGCGGAUCGGAAGCUGCAGAUCACGCGCAUGAGCAACCCCAAGAUGGUGCAGGUCUUCGAGCAAUCCAUCGAGGCGGGGCGCAGCGUGCUGGUGGAGAACAUGGGCGAGUCGGUGGACGCAGUGCUGCAGCCAGUCAUCGCUCGCAACACCAUGAAGCGCGGUAGCACGCGGGUCCUGAAGCUCGGGGACAAGGAGAUCACGUAUAACGCCAACUUCCGGCUUUUUAUGCAGACGAAGCUGUCGAACCCGCACUACCCUCCAGAGAUCCAGGCCGAGUGUACGGUUAUCAACUUUACCGUCACAGAGCAGGGCUUGCAGGACCAGCUGCUGUUUUUGGUGGUGCGCCUGGAGAGGCCGGACCUGGCCCGCGCCAAGGCGGACCUCAUCCAGCAGCAGAACGAGUUCAAGGUCCGGCUCGCAGACUUGGAAUCCUAUCUCUUGGAGAAGCUCGCGGGUGCGGAGGGGGACAUCCUAGAGGACACGGAGCUGGUCUUCGGCCUGGAGGAUGCCAAGUUCACUUCGGACGAGGUGAAGGAGAAGGUGAAGGUGGCCCAGGAAACGGAGGCCAAGAUCAACCAGAUAUCUGAGAACUAUGGUCUUGUGGCAAAUCGAGGGUCCUUGCUGUUCUUUCUCAUGAUGGAGCUGAGCAAGAUGCACACCUUCUACAAGUACUCCCUGGAUGCUUUCGUCAUGGUGGUGACCAGGGCCGUGAACUCGGUGACGCUCCGUAAGGUCAAGGAGAAGACGAUCGAUUUGCAGGCCUCGGCCAACUUCCAGGUGACCAUUACGGGGGACGACGAUGAUAUGCCCAGAGAUUCGGCGGACGCAGAAGGGCAAGACCCGCUGAACGACACUACGGCAACGAUGGUGCAGGAGGAGGAGAUUGUGGAGCUUAUAGGUGCUGCCCUCACCGAGCGCGUGAAGUUGCUGGAGGGCAUCGUCACCUUCGCGGUGUAUGCGUAUCUCCGGCGCGGCCUGCUGGACGCCGACAAGCUCACGGUCGCCUCCAUGUUGGCGCUGAAGAUCUUGGUGCGCUCAGGACAAGUCCAGCCCGAGGAGCUGAAUCUCUUGAUCCGCGCGCCGGUGGAUCCCAAUCCUCCGCCGAUGCCCGACACGACUCGCAGCUGGCUCUCGGAGCAGCAGUGGGCGCAGCUUAAGACGCUGGAGCAGAUUUCGGUGUUCAAGACGGGGUCCCAUUCCUUGACCAACACCAUGGAGCAGGACUCCCUUGGCUGGAAGCGGUGGUUCGCAGAGGAGCGCGCCGAGUCAGCGGACUUGCCCCGAGAGUGUCGGGAGCUGUCCUCAUUCCAUCGGCUUUUCCUGCUGCGAGUCUUGCGACCCGAUCGCAUCGGCGCAGCGCUCACCCAGUUUGUUCAGGACAACCUUGGCCCCGAGUUCAUUGAGCAGAGCCCCUUUGACAUGAUGCAGACCUAUGAAGAGUCCACCUGCAACACGCCCAUGUUCUUCGUGCUUUUCCCAGGCGUGGACCCCACCUCCAUGAUCGAGGCCUGCGCGGGUCGCCUGGGCCUGGGCGAGGGCAACGGCAAGUUGGCCAACAUCUCCAUGGGCCAGGGCCAGGAGAACGUGGCGAUCAAUGCGGUGAACAAAGCCGCGAGGGAUGGAAACUGGGUGCUGCUGCAGAACAUCCAUUUGAUGCAGGAUUGGCUGAAGCAGCUGGAGCGUGUCUUGGAGCUCAUCGAGGAGUUCGUGCAUCAAGAUUUCAGGUGCAUCUUGACCUCCGAGCCGCCGAGCGUGCUGCAGGGCCCAUUGUGGCAAAUGGUGCCUGAGUCCAUUCUCCAAAAGUGCAUCAAGAUCGCGGAUGAAGCCCCGACAGAUCUCAAGUCCAACUUGCGGCGCGCCUAUGCCAAGUUCUCUCAGGAGCAUAUUGAGGCGUGCCAGAAGCCGAAAGAGUACAAAGCGACGCUCUUUGCGCUUUGCUUCUUCCACGCCCUGGUGCUGGGGCGCAUCAAGUUUGGACCCCAAGGCUGGUCCAAGAAGUACCCCUUCAACGACGGGGACCUCACCAUUUGCGGCCAGGUCUUGUGCAACUACCUGAACAACGCGGAGAAGCUGGGCACGGAGGUGCCCUGGCCGGACCUCCGCUACAUCUUCGGAGAGAUCAUGUACGGGGGCCACAUCACCGACCAAUGGGACCGCAGAGUUUGCAACACCUACUUGAAGACGUUGGUCCUGCCGGAGCUUUUGAGCAACAUGUCCUUGGCGCCUGGCUUCAAAUCCCCGGACGCGUCCAAGCUGGAAUAUAGCACCUAUCAGAAGUUCAUCGAGGAGCGCUUCCCCCCGGAGAUGCCGCAGCUCUUUGGGCUGCACCCCAACGCGGAGAUCGGCUUCCUCACCAGUCAGGGCAUCAAUAUCUUCAAAACCGUGCAAAGUGUCUCCGGCGCCGAUGCGGGCGCUGCGCAGCUGGAUUUGGCGGCCUCCAUGCCUCUCAUCACCAAGUACAAGGAUGAGCUGCCACCGGACCUGGACAUGGUGGAGAUCCGCAGCAGGUUGCGAGAGGAGGACUAUACGCCCUAUGUCAUCACCUCGCUGCAGGAGAGUGAUCGAAUGAAUCUGCUGGUUGGCGCGAUGCGCACGCAGCUCUCGGAGCUGGAGCUGGGCAUCUCCGGGGCGUUGAACGUCACCGAGGGCAUGGAGCAGCUAUCUACGUCGCUGCAGCUGAACCGAGUCUACGACACCUGGCAGAGCCUCGCGUACCCCUCAUUGAAGUCGCUCUCCGCCUGGUUCCAGGACUUGCUGCUCCGUAUGCAGCAGCUGGUGGAGUGGACCAAUGACCGCAACGGAGUGCUGAAAUCCACCUGGAUCUCAGGACUCUUCAACGCCAUGGCCUUCCUCACCGCCGUCAUGCAGGUUACUGCCAGAGACAAGCAGCUGCCGUUAGACUACAUGACCAACAGAGCGACGUUCCUGAACAUCAUGGACUACACAGACAUCGUGAGCCUGCCCAGCAACGGCGUCUACAUCCACGGGCUCUUCUUGGAGGGCGCCAGCUGGGAGGAGGGGAAAGGUGACGACGAGGGCUACGUCUCCGACUCAAAGAUGAAGGAGCUCCAUCCCGAGAUGCCGGUGGCUAGCAUCUACUCAGUGCACAUCGAGGAGAUGAGCUGGGAGAACAUGUAUCACUGCCCCGUCUUUAUCACCUCGAUGCGGGGAGCCACCUAUGUCACACAGGUGAACCUCCGCAUGGAUCCAGACGAGGAGGAGAACCGCUGGAUCCUGGCUGGCGCAGCGCUGGUGAUGACGGACGACUGAGGAAGCCGGGGCUUUUUAGCCAGCAGUCCACGGCCGGCAAACCGCUGAAUGGUUUCGGGAGAACUCGGUGCGCU